UAUUGUUAACCUAAGAGUGCUUCAGUCAUAGACUAGAAUUCAAAGACGCGAGUUCCAGAACGAACUCUUAAUUAACAAAAACAAAUUAAUUACAAUGGAACAAAACAAUUACGGACAAGAGCUGACGACGGAUAGAUACACUGAAUCUAUCGAGUUAUCCAACAAAUGCCGAGAGUUUUACCUGAAGAGAAUGGAGGCCUCUGAGACCAGAAAACAAACCACCAAGACGAAUCCCACCCCCCGGGGAGGGAGGAUCACAUCCAUAGAUAUAGCCAUGGGCAAACUCAGAGAAGAAAUGAAUUCUUUGAUGGACCAAGACCUUUCUUUGAUGAAGCAACUGUUGACCUUAAAUGAGACAAUAGAAGAACUAAAAUGGAAACGAAGAUGCAGCUAUGAUUCGAUGCCUGACAGUUCCGCCGAGCUCGAUGUUUCUGAUUGGUCAGUGUCGGACAAUGAUUUGUUUGAAUCCUGCGGCGAUCUCUCUGGGAAAUGCCAAUCUGAAGAAACAGAAAUUCCGGAAGUGACAUCACUGUCAAACACAUUGAAGCACAAAUGCACAACACAAGACAUUCAAACUUCAACAAAGAAAAUGAAUCACACAUCUGAGAAAAUGUCAAAAAUCAAAAUCGGAAAUGCCAUUUACAAACAAACAAGCGAAGAGGAUCAAAGUUCUUGUGAUUCCGGCAUCUGCGAUGCUUUCUUAGCAGAAAGUUCGUGAACUUAGUACUAAAUCAAUCAUUUGCAAUAAUGAAGUUCGUCAAAGUUGUGUUCAUCAACAAGACUUUGCAAUCACACAAACACUUUGUCGCGCCUUCUGAAGUUAACGAUCUCAGGACAUACAGUUGUUGAAAAACAUGUAUAUGUGAUGUUAUUUUACUAAUCGACGAACACAUCAUAUGUGGGAUACCUUGAAAAUCGUCACAUGUACCUGUUCUUUUCUGAAAGGAUGGACACUUUACACAAACAAGGUGCUAAAGGUUCAGAGACACACGGGACUAUGAUGUUUGUUCGGCGUUUCCCUACAAAGUAUCUGAAAAUAUAUUGUAUUUGGAUCGCUCUAAACUAUGUAUAUAUUUGGAUUUUUUUUUUUUUAAAAAGGAAAAUCUGAAAUGAAAGACCUUUUUUGCAUUUUUCAUCUCUUCUUUAUAUGAAAUCAUUGAAAUGUAUUAACAAAGUUUAAAUUUUACGAUUACUAUUUGAAAUAUUAGAAAAAGAAAUGCUCAAUCCAUGGCUUUUAAAAGGGAGCGCUUGACGAAAAAAUAACAACAUGCACAUUUCUUCGAUAUUGUGUCCUUCAAAAAGACGUGAAUGGCAGAACAAGAUUAGUUUAGCAAUUUAACGACGCCAGUCACUGCCUGUUUCGAGGGAUACUGUAUUGACGAAAUGUAAGGGGGACGUAGAAUUGACGUUGAUUUGCAACUUUAAAGAUUUUUGGCUUCAUUUUCUUCUUUUUAGUCGGGGUUGUUAAAUGUACCCACAAAUCUUCCUUGUGCUUUUCGCUGCAUUUUGUAUAUGUAUUCGCAAUUCAAGGAAGAAGCCGUUGGGACUUUCAAUAUUUCUAAUCUCUUGUGUAUAAUUUUUGACAUGGAAUUAUGUUCUUUGAAAAUAAAAACUAUCUAAUUAUGUAUUUUUUUGCAUUUGGAUCUGUAAAAUAUUUGAAAAUAAAAGAGGAAUUAAU